AUGAAUACAAGAAGGGUGAAUGCAAGGAGGACAGAAGAGGAUAAUGUGAAUGAGGGAGUUCCUCCCCAAGCUCCUCAAGGUCCUCAAGAUCCUAAUGAUGAAGGGGCUAUGACUAAUUUGGAAAUAAGGGAGGCUCUCCAAACAUUGACUCAACUCAUGACGGUUCAAACUCAAGCCGUCACCACUCAAGCCCAAGCUAUAACGGCCCAAGCUAAUCUCAAUGUUGGGCCCCGGGUAAACCCUAAUGUGAGUACCAUGGCUUCAAUGUUGAGAGACCUCACAAGAAUGAACCCUCUUAUGUUCUUUGGUUCCAAAGUGGAUGAAGACCCACAAGAGUUUGUGGAAGAGAUCUACAAGAUAGUUGAUUCUACGGAGGUGACUUCUAGUAAGAAAGUUGAACUAGCCGCCUACCAAUUUAAGGAUAUGGCCCAAGUAUGGUAUACUCAAUGGAAGGAUAAUAGGCCUAUAAGGGCGAGUCUCAUAAGUUGGGAAGUGUUCAAGAAGGCAUUCAUUGAUAAGUUAUUUCCACGAGAAAAGAGGGAAGAAAAGGUGGAGGAACUUAUCAACCUUCGUCAAGGAAGUAUGAGUGCUCAAGAAUAUUCUCUUAAAUUCACUAAGUUGUCCAAACAUUCUCCGUCCUUGGUGUCAAAUUCGAGAGAUAAGAUAAGUCGGAAAAAGAAUAGGGAGGUGAAGAAGGCAGGGACCGAUGAUGGGAAUUCUUCCAAGGGUAAGUUUGAGAGUCAAGGUAAACCAAGGUUCAACAGAAGGCUCUCCAACCAAGGCUCUUCAAUCACUCCAAGGGUCAAGAAAGAUAGGGUGUCUAACCCUAAGCCUCAAGGAGGCAAUAGUGGUGGAUCUUCAAUGACAAGACCUACUUGUCCCAAGUGUGGCAAGAAACAUAAGGGGAAGUGCCUUGUUGGCACGGAUGGUUGUUUCCAUUGUGGAAAGAGUGGUCAUAUGGUAAGAGAUUGUCCCAUGCUUAAAGUUCAAGGGAGAGAAGGCAAUCAAGUCCCUCCUAGUGGAUCAAAUUCUGAUGCUCCCAAGAAGAAUCGCUUAUAUGCCCUCUAA